CUGGGGGGCGUUAGGAGAAACGUAGCAGCCCCCCUACGUGUAAAAGACCGGCACCAUUUUCCCUUCACUUUCAGGGUCACUUUGUGGAUGACCAGCAUCCGAACACACCUCCCAAUUUCAGUGUCACUUUCCAUCUGCUCCAGCUGCUUCCUGUCAAACUGGUUGAAGAAGGAAGCCAUAAGGAACGUAAAGGGGCUCUGAGUUACUCCUCUCAGAUCUUGCAGUGUUUAAGGAGUAGUGAUAAUGGAUGUCCUGGCUUUGGAAGCUAAGGGGGUCAAGAACGAGCCUGCUCCACCACCUCCCCCAACUAAGUCCAGACCUAAAGCACCCAAAAAACCUAAACGAAUUGUUUACUUUGAGGUGGAGAUUCUGGACGCCAAGACCAAGGAGAAACUGCUGCUCCUGGAUAAAGUUGAACCAUCUGCUACUAUUUUGGACAUAAAAUCAAUGUUCCACAAAUCAAAUCAGCGCUGGUAUCCUGCCAGACAGUCGCUGUGCCUGGACCCGAAGGGAAAACCCUUAAAAGAUGAAGACGUGCUUCAGCAACUUCCGGUGGGAACCACGGCUACGUUUUACUUCAAGGAUUUGGGAGCCCAGAUCAGCUGGGGGACGGUGUUCCUUGCUGAGUGCAUUGGCCCGCUUCUCAUCUACCUGAUGUUCUAUUUCAGACUGCCCUUUAUCUAUGCUCCCAAGUAUGACUUCACAACCAGCAAACACUACGUUGUGCACAUAGCGUGUCUGUGUCACUCCUUCCAUUACGCCAAGAGGAUCCUGGAAACAUUGUUCGUGCAUCGCUUUUGCCACGGCACGAUGCCGCUGCGCAACAUUUUCAAGAAUUGUUUGUAUUAUUGGUGCUUUGCAGCCUGGAUGGCCUACUACAUAAACCAUCCACUCUACACACCACCAUAUUAUGGUGAACAACAAGUGAAGACUGCUCUUGGAAUUUUUUUGUUUUGCCAGUUGGGAAGCUUCUCGAUCCAUGUUGUUCUACGAAAUCUCAGACCUCCUGGUUCCAAGACAAAGAAGAUUCCAUAUCCAACUAAGAAUCCUUUCACUUGGAUCUUCACAGUGGUUUCUUGCCCAAACUACACCUAUGAGGCAGGCUCCUGGCUGGGCUUCACCGUGAUGACUCAGUGCGUUCCUGUCGCCUUCUUCACCAUCAUCGGCUUUGUGCAAAUGACGGUGUGGGCGAGAGGCAAGCACCGCAGCUACCUGAAGGAGUUUAAGGAGUAUCCGACCCUGCGUUCACCCAUUCUGCCCUUCAUUCUCUAGCCCUGACGCUCAUAUAAAUACACGUUAAAUGAAAAACUGAUCCUGGACUGAUACUGUAGGUCUGAAAAAAAGCUAUUGUACUUGUUCAGGUAACGGAUAAGAAGAGUACCUAUCCCUAAACCAAAGUCUGAGUAUUUAAAAAAGGGCGUUUGAAUAAAAUUAAACCUGAAGAAUAGUAAAAACUGGCUUUAAAUAAAGGCACUAUAGAUGAGUGCAACAUUGGGGCCAGCUGUAUAUUUGAUUACAUGGCAACAUGCAUAAAUAUUAUUUUUUAUUAUGAAAUUUUAUCAACCAAAAAAAGGAAUAAACUGCUAAUUUUC